CCGAACAAUGCCCUCCAUUUUCUCCUAAUCAUGUAUCACGUCGAACUCCUCCCCAACAGCACAACCACCCACGCCACUCCCGGGUGGACCUACGUUCCCGAUCGCGGUUUCGACCCAGCCAAAGCCGCCAUCACGCCCGCCAUCGGCCGCAAACGCGGAAUCCGCGAUCCAGGCCGAGCGGACCUCUCCUCACGACAGAACAAUGCCAUCGUUCGACAUCUCGCGGAGCUGGAUCGCGAGAAUCAUCGCGACGUGCAGAUCUCAAUUCCAGUAAAACAGAAGGAUGCGUCUGGUCGAGGCACAAGAGGCAAAGUUACCUCCAACGUCCGCCGAAUCCUCCAAUCCCAAAAGACCUUCCGCAACUACCUCGACGACGAAGAAGCCGCUCUAGCGCAGCAAGCAUCCACCCAGCAAACCCAACAACAAACCUCCUCCUCCACCUCCUCCUCGCACCGCCCCUCCAUCAACAAAAUCACCAAACCGGGCUCUUCCUCUCGUCGCAGCUCAACGCCCCUAACAGCAGUACCAACACCUAAGCCCGAUACCUCCUCGCGCAGUAAUCGCAAAGCACAACAACGCCCCUCCUCCACCGCCCCGACCUCCUCCCGCGCCUCAACAGUAACCACCGCCGCCGAAACAGAAACAGAAACACCAGCACCCGACAAAGACCAACCCCAAGAUAAAGACAACACCGAAGAAAAGGUGGAGAAGGAGGGGGAGGUGCAGCAAAACCCCCAUGAACUGAUCAAAUCCGAACACGACAACGACCCCCUUUUGAAAUCAUAUAUUCCCUCCGCGCCCUCGGAACGUAUCAUGCAGGCUUUGCUCGCAGAACCGCCGUUGACGUAUCAUGCAUCGCGCGCUGGCCCGCCGAUCGCGAGGAAGUCGCCGCGGUAUUUCUGCUGUAUGUGUGGGUAUUGGGGGAAGAUUCGGUGCAAGAAUUGUCAUUUGAGGACUUGUGGGUUAGGGUGUUAUAAGGUGCAUGAGGAUUCGAGGUGCGGGGCGUUUUUCUAG